UCUAAAACCAUUUUGAAGAUAAAAGUAGAAAGAUAAAGAUCAUCAACAGAAACAUGACUUCUAAAUCCAUGGCUCUCUUCAACACUUUGAUGAUGGUCUUCUUCCUCUUCAUGAAUGCUCCACUACUCGAAGGUUCUAGAGACUUCAAAGUAGGCGAUAAUUUGGGCUGGUUGGAGCCUGACAUCAACAACGUCACCUUGUACAAUCAGUGGGCUGCAAAGCAUCGUUUCCAAAUUGGAGAUUCUCUUGUUUUUGAGUACAACAAUGACUCGGUUCUUGUGGUGGAGAAAUGGGGCUACUACCACUGCGACACAAGCAAGCCAAUCAUUGCCUUCAACAACGGCAACAGCACUGUCAAACUUGACAGGCCUGGCCUCUUCUAUUUCAUCAGUGGAACUUCCGACCACUGCAAAAGGGGCCAGCGAAUGAUCGUCGAUGUUCUGUCCCCGAGGUCUCCGCAUUCCACUGCUGCUCCACCCGACGCAGCAGCGUCUCCUUCGCCCGCGCAGAGCUCGGGAGACGCGGUGUCCACGGUCACUAGUAGCUCACUUGUUAUGGCUCUUCUUGUUUCUACUGUUGCGACCUUAGUAUGAUUUGAACCAUUGCAGUACUUAUUAAUUAUGGUCACAUUGUUUAUUGGUUUUGUUUUGGUAGUCCGU